UUGAAUCAUAUUAGUUGUGGGUUUUAAUUGCUUGGGUUUGAAUUGUUUGAUCCUUUAAUUUUCAAAUUAUUAUUUAUUUUUAUUCUUAAUAUAAUGGAUCUAGAAGACUUCGAGCAUUAUUCAUUAUCAGAAGAAUCUAAAAAUAAAUUGAAGAUUCAUGAAACCUUGUGGUUGAAUCAAGAUCUUGAAUAUUCUAAUUCUAUUUGGCAGAAAUUGUUUCCUAUACAUGAACCAGAAGAGUUAAAUAAUGAUAAAGAAGAAUCUGUGAUGGAAAUUGAUGAUCUUAAUCUGUCAACAAAUCAUUCAGAAUCCACGAACAGUUCAUUAUUGCAAUCAUCACAAUUUUUUUUCACACAAGUCAAAAAAUGUAAUUCUCCAAUUUCGAGUACUAAAAGAAGUCAAGGGUCUGAUUUAGAUGACAGAAUAAAUGCAGUUUAUGAAUCAUUAGAAACGAAUAAAAUUCUAGAUAUUGAUAUUUUGAAAAAUUUAAGUGAUGAAGAACUAUUGAAUGUUUUUGAAAAUUUAUCACAAAGGUUAGACAUUAAAGGAAUAUUUGAUCUUUGUAAUUCAAUCUGUGAGAUGGACGUUGAUGAAGGAAUACAAUAUAUAAAAAUUAUCUGCUCCAAACUCUUACUUCCAAAGAUAACAGAAUUGAAAGAACCUUCGAGGCAGUUGUCUGUGAUAAUUCUUAAAAUGGUAAAGAAAUUUUCAGAAGAUAUAAAAACGUUAAUUUACAUUCCAUUAAUUAAUGUUGACCUGCAAGAAACUUCGAUAAUGUCAGUAAUAAUUCAGAGUUAUCAGGGAGAACAGAAGAUGACAAUAAUAUCAGAUUUUCUAAUGAAUGUAAAAGAAUUAAAACUUUGGCAUAUAUCAAUUUUACCAGGAUUGAUUGAUUCUAAAGUAGAAAAUUCAUUGAAAGAUCGUCUGCUUACUCUUUUAGCUGAAAAAGCAACGACAUUUUCUAAAGAUAAGAAUUAUGGCAAAUUUAUUUUAUCAUUUAUCAAAACAAAUCCACCGUACAGUCAAGAACAAAAAAAUAAUCUAGAUGAAAUUGCAGCAGUAAAUGAAACAAUAUUUAAAAAAGCUAUCGAAAAAAUCUUACAAAAUAUGUACCAUCAUCGUGAUUUAUGGCAUAUUAAUUGAUUAUAUUUUCGAGACUGGGCUCAAGUCAGAAAGCAAUCUGAUUCCCCCUAGGGAAUAAUAGCCCCCCCUAGGGAAUUUACACACACGGGAUCGUAGUUUUCUGAUUUUUUCGUCAAUUCAUGCUUUUACCUAAAAAUUUGGGUCUCAAAUAAAAGUUUGUAUUAUGCUGUAGUGCGAUAGAGAGAAAUUUUGAUAUUUUAAUUGAUUUUUGUAUUUAAAAAAUGAAAAAGAAAAUUGAAUAAUUAUAAGUCAAUUCAUCGUGCUCCAACGCCAAGAUGUAAUUUAAGCUCCUUAAUGUUGUUUAGGACUAUUCUUGCCAUCUUUACAAUUUCCAAAAAAAUUCUUUCAGAUAAUGAAAUGUAAUAAUUGAAAAGAAAUUAGAAAACUACGGUUUGAUAAGAUUUUCGUUGGGAAAAGUUUCAAAAAAUUCAAUAGAUGACAGCACCAUGUCAAUUGACCACAGUCAUUCAUGUUUGGAGAAUGCUCAACCCGUAUGAAAACUGUGUACAGGUAUGACAUAUUUGUGAUAUCGAUAAAGUGUGUCACAUUACAAUGCCCUAUACUUUGAGCAUAGAAGAUAUGCAUGUUUUUCCAGGUAUUACCGAUUUACAAAAUAUCUCGGGAUCUCGUGGAAUGCUUUUCAUGUUCAACUACUCAUUCAUUUUGUCUUGAUGCUGAAAAAUAUAGUAUUGGGUCAAGAAUACCGAAAUUGAUGUGCUAUGAUUCGAGCAUAAUUUCUGAUCAUUCUAUCGAUGCCUGAGAAUGCGCUAUUAAUAGAAAAGAUACCAAAAAUCGAUUUCAUUAAUCUUAAAAUACGAUAAAACCGGAAAUGGCUAAAAUUUCAGCAUAAAUUAUGCUUGGAUCAUAAUUUUGGCUACAUCAAUGGAAAGCUCUUGCUCUCGGGAAUCCAUUAAUAUGCUCAUAAUCUAUGUAGGUCUUGUAGAUCGUGAGUUAUUUACAGAAAACAAAGCUAUGCUACGAUGAAGCAUAGAAAAACCUUUAAACGCUCAUAACUCGAAAACUAAGCGAGAUACGGCAUUUUUGACGGGGAUAUCCUAUAGGGGGAUUCAAAUUCUUUACUUAGGUCCAGAUCUAUCAUAUGAGCCCUCGAUUACCCCCGUAGCAUCAUUUGCAUAGAAGUUAUGCAUAUUUUCUAUGUAUCGCAGUUUUUCAGGGAUAUCUCUUGGAUUUACUGACCAAAUACAGUCGAUAGUCAGUGUUUUGAAACCGUCUUGUCAUGAUCUUUCCAAUGGCAUCAAUGAUUUUAUGAUCCAAGCAUAAUUACGAUUAUUUGCUAUUUUUGAGGUUAGAAGGAAAAAUUCUCUAAUUUUGAUAAUCGAGGGUUAUUCUGUACGUUUUGAUGUUCAGAAAUUCAAAAUGCGAUCACCUGAAAUGAAAUUUUUCCCAAUGCACGUAAGUACAAAGGUGAAACCGGAAAUGGCUAUAAUUUCAGCAUAAAUUAUGCUUGGAUCAUAAUUUUGGCUACAUCAAUGGAAAGCUCUUGCUCUCGGGAAUCCAUUAAUAUGCUCAUAAUCUAUGUAGGUCUUGUAGAUCGUGAGUUAUUUACAGAAAACAAAGCUAUGCUACGAUGAAGCAUAGAAAAACCUUUAAACGCUCAUAACUCGAAAACUAAGCGAGAUACGGCAUUUUUGACGGGGAUAUCCUAUAGGGGGAUUCAAAUUCUUUACUUAGGUCCAGAUCUAUCAUAUGAGCCCUCGAUUACCCCCGUAGCAUCAUUUGCAUAGAAGUUAUGCAUAUUUUCUAUGUAUCGCAGUUUUUCAGGAAUAUCUCUUGGAUUUACUGACCAAAUACAGUCGAUAGUCAGUGUUUUGAAACCGUCUUGUCAUGAUCUUUCCAAUGGCAUCAAUGAUUUUAUGAUCCACGCAUAAUUACGAUUAUUUGCUAUUUUUGAGGAUAAAUCACAUUUUUGGUUCAUGUCCAAGCUGUUUACUUACUACAAUUGUAC